UUCGCCACUUUUACCUUCUAUUUCCUCCCAAAUAAAAGUCAAGAUCAUGGCAAUUAUUUAAAAUAAUCGAUGUUUGGAAAUUUUUUCAUGUGAUAAUCAUCAAUUUAGCUCCAAUUUGUCAUUUGGUGGAGAAACUAAAAGCAAAAUGGACAUUGACUCAAUGAGUACCAGCUGUUUGAUGAAAUGCCUGAAUGGUGGAAUGGACUCCGUACAUGACUGCUCCAAGGGCAUUGCUGAAUUAGCACCCACACACCACCUUCAUCGGGGUAUCACUUGCUUUGAUAUCGUCGAGGUGUAUUUGCCAGAGUGGACAGUGCGACAGAUGGGCUUUGUGCAGGCUAUUCCCUCCUUCUAUGAGACCAGCCAAGGCUAUACGACCGGCACACGGUACCUACCUUUGCUUCUCCGGCUGUGUACUUGGAGGCAUGGAGUAGGUUCCCCUAUAGUGCCCGCCUUUGUGAUUAGGCACUUCGUCAGGCAUCUGUUCCAUCAGAGGUUGAUCCUAGUUACGUUGACUGGUUCAGAGUGUGCUCCCACCCAUACGUAGUCCCUGGCGAAGGACCGAGUGUCGGUUUUGGUCCAGCUGAAAGCUGAUUGGAAUACUUUCUGAAUGAAUGGCCGAGUCGAUUCGCUCCAUUGGCGAGACUGCCUCCUGUUGCGGAAAUGAACCCCCGGCAAAGACAUGCUUUAGAUGUAUACCUUAAUGAUUGUAAAGACAUGUUUACAUCAAUACUUUUAUUAAUUCAUGUUUACAUCGUUACCAUACACAAAGAAUUUCAUCUACAAGUUCUAUAGUAAUGACGUACACAAUAGUAUAACUAU